AUGUCCGACUCAACCCUUUAUCUCUACACCUCCCUAACGGCGGGGUCCUCGCACAUUGUCACCGCGACCGCCCGGAUUGAAACGAUCCUCAAGGCGAACAAACUGCCCUUCCGUGCUAUUGACGUUGCCACGGAUGAAGUUGCCCGUAAGCUCUGGGGUCGCCGGUCCAAGGGCAAGAAGUUGCCCGGUCUGGUGAAGUAUGGGAAUAUCGUCGGGGACCUUGAAGAAAUCGAAGAGUGGAAUGAAUUCGGCGAACUGCGCAUGAUCGUCAACAGCGUCCAAGAUCUGGACGGUAUGCCAGCUACCAGCAAUUCUCUUCCCGUAGUCGAAUCCCCCGCGCCAGCACCCACCACCCCCAAACCCUCCACGAUCAAAAUCCAAAGCCCACCCGCGAUCAAACCAGAGGACAAAAAGGAUGAAUCAGCCGUCCUUGCCCUCCGCCAGGCAAGCUCCGAAGCCGCCAACAAAGCCAUUAGCAAAGCGGACGAGAAAAAAGACGUCACCAAGAAAGACGCCGAAACCAAAGCCGAAGAACAAGCUCCAACACCUGACCCUCCCUCCUCCACCUCUCCCACCAUAAAAGCCCACCGCGGCUCCGUCGCCCCCGAACUCCCCGACAUCACCCCCGACUCCUCCAACGCCCCCAAGCGACCCCCCUUGAUCCCCGAAGUAGCGGCCGUGUCAUCGGCGAAUUUCCGCGUCGAGAAUGCGGAGGAAUUGGGUCUUGUGGAACAUCAUCGCGGGUCGAUUAUUUCUGGCGGCGAUAAUGCGGAUAGGGAUAGUGUUGUGACGGAGAUUCGGCAGAGUAUUUCGGGGGCGGAGGGGCCGGGGGGUUCGUUGGAUGCGUUGAGGAAGGAGGCGGCGGAGAGACCGAGGGAUGAGAGUAUUGUUGAGGAGGUUGCUGGUGUGGAGGAGAAUGAGGAUGUGAGGGAUGAAGUUAAGGAGGACGCGGAGGAGGAGAAGAAAGAUGUCCCCUCCGAGUCCAAGGAGAAGUCUACUACUACGGCGCAAGAUACCAAGGUUGCGGUGGAGACCAGCGCUUCGAAGGAGUAG